GUUGUAAUUCUCUCCUUGUGCAUACAGCUUGACCAAACAGAGGCAAAGUGACAAUGUUCAGACGGUGCGCCCGCCCUGUCCUCCUUUCCGUGUCAGAGAAAACCCUUCCUAAUAAAAAAAAACACUUCCUCACACUGCGCGGCUCUGCUGCUGCUGCGGUCAGAUGAAAACCGAACAGUACCCGGUUAACUCCUAUCCUACAUUUUUCGGUGCCGUCACUCCAAAAAACCCGGAUAUGUUUCUUCUGCGGGGAGAAAAGUCGAAGCAGCAGAGGAGCACAUCAUGAGAGGCGCGGCGGGGUCGCACGAUAUACGGACCAGAGAGGAGACACUGUUUUUUCCCAGAGUUUCUCAGGGCUCGGGAGGGAGGGCACGACAUACAGGCAUCAUGAGCGGAGUGAAAGUUGAUGAAGAGGAGAGAAGAGAUGGUUAAGCUUUCAUCCCAUGCAUCUGCUCAACAGCUCCACACCGCGACUUACUAUCAGACCGGCUGCUCCUGAAGCAGAGGUGCACCCGUGGCUGGAGUUAAAGGCAAGGGGCUCCGGAGAUGCCGCUCCCCCAGGGCAUGCUGCUCUGUCUGGGUAUACUCCUGAUGACUGCUGGGGGGGUCUUGGCCGUGUGCGUAGGGCCGUUUGUAGUCGGGCUGUUCCUGGGCCUGGUGGGCUUGGGUCUGCUGGUCAGUGGAAUCUGCUUGGCCAUGAAGAAUCUCCAGGUGGCAGUGCCAGGACACUUCCUCCUGCACCCCCGCACAGGCACACGCUUCAGCCCACAGCAGGCCCUGGCUAUACAAAGGAGGUUGGACCGAAUUCGUCGUGAGAUGUCCGAGGACUCUGUCAGCAGGAGACCGGAGCCUGAACCCCCCCUCCCAUCCACCCCACCACCCUGGACUAUGGAGCCGCCUCCAUCCUAUGACACAGUGAUGAAGAGCCAGGAGCACAGUGAGCAGCUUUAACCUCUCACCCUGGUGGACAUACAUUUUGUGUCAUUGCCUUUUGUCUUCGGUUCUCAGUGAGAACCCUGAAUGAACAGUCGGUGCUAGCAAUGAACUCGCUCCAAGGGGCCUCUUCUGUGCCUCAAGACAGCUGCCGUGAACCCAAACACAAGCCAGGAAACAGGAAGAGACUGCAGCUGGUUAAAGACUUCAUAUUUGUACAGAGUGAGCCCCAGUGCGGCCUCUGUGUCUACUAAAAGUGUGUGGAAUUGAAAUGAUCACUACAACAGCUUCAAUUUGUGCACUAAGGACCAUCGUUAUGUAACUUUCACAACAAAGCUGAGGGAUUCAUGUCAACAGCUUGGCUGCAAGCCUCCUGUAGACACUUAUUCAGGAUAUUUUAUUGGCCUGCUUGAAUGUAUGUGACCUACUACUGUGGCUGAAUGACACUCUUUUCCAGAACUUGUCUCACAGGUACACAGCUUCUCUUUGUAUCUGCACUCUUUCAUGUUAUACAUUUAGAUUCAUUGACAGCUUACCCCAAUCUAAAGUGCCUUAACCAGUGACACUAGCAUGUCAACAGUAGUGUUGUUUAUCUUUAAGCAUUGUAUCCCGUGUUUGCAGAAUGUGCAUUGUUAAUUCUGUGUUGUGAUGUUACUAUAAACUUGAGUUGAUAAAUAGCUACAGAGCUCUCUGUGGGUCGCAGUUAAAAA